AUGUCACCAGCAUCAACAUCAGGUGGUUCCCAUAGUGGAAAUGGUUCAUCAUCUUCAAAUGGAAAACGUAAUGGAAAUAAUUAUCGUUAUCGUACUGUUAAUGCACAAUCAGAAGUUGAUGAAACAUUAUUUGGUACUCCACAUCGAUUAGCAACAGCUGCAAAAAUGAGAGCUGAACGUCAACAAAAUCAAGAUUAUCAAGAAAAAACAUUACAAAAUGCACCAAAACAACCUGGAACUGUUAAAAAAGAAUUUAUUAGGCAUAUUACUAAAGAUCUUAUUCGAGAUAUUAUUGUUCCAGAAGAUCCAACGUGUACGUCGGUUAUCAUUGAUAACGGUACAUAUCAACGUUUAUCUCAUGCAGCUCAAUUGAGACCAAAAGAUAUACGUGAAAAUGAAAUUGCAGAAUCGAAACGAAAUCGAGAUUCAGUUGAAGAAGAACUUAAUCGUCGUAAAAAAGCAAUGCAAGAAUAUGAUCAACAACGUAAAAAAAAUGCUCCUUUAGAAGAUAUUGAUUUAGAAGCAAAAGAAGAAGCUGAAUAUAUGUUAAAACGAGCAAAUGAACUUCGACAAGAACAAGAAGAUGAAGUUAAACAUCUUAAUGAAUUAAUUCUUAAUGCAAAAUGUCAUGCUAUACGUGAUGCA